AUGAACUGGCUGCUGACGUCAUCACGCAUCACGCUGGUUCCGCUCAGACUGCAGACCAAACAAACUCCAACACCACACACUUUUCACACCGGAGCCGAGUCAGAUCACUGCGAGGCGAGCCCAGGACACACUCCCUUUUUCGUCGCUUUUUGUGUGUUUUCCGUCGGAGUAGCCAUGAGGAGCGUGUUUCUGCUGCUGGCCGUCUUCGGACUAUUCACGGAGAAGAUGCUGGGCUCCUCACAGCUCCUCUCCUCAGUGGAUGAUCUUUACCUGGAGGGCCGGACAUCAGGUGACCUCCCCAUCGACGAUGAGGACGGUGACGAUGACGAUGAAGGCUCUGGGUCUGGAUCCGGAGACUACGGCUGUGGAGACUGGAGACAGAGCUCAGACAGAUGUUCGAGCUGCGGAGAAAAGAAAAGUUACGACUUUUAUGAGAAGUUUGCAGAUGUGAGAAUUCUCUGA